UCAAGCAUUGGUGAUAAAGAAAACUUGAAUCACACUUGUCACAUUCCCAGAGACAAAAAAAUGAAAAAAAUAUUGGGUACGCUUUCACGAUAGUAGUAGUAGUAGUAGUAUUGUCUAAGUACGAAGAAGUGUGUGUGUGUGUGUGUGUGUGUGUGUGUGUGUGCGUGUGUGCGUCUACAUGGUGACCUGGUUCAGCACCUAUAUAAAGAAGAGUCGCGGCAGAAUUGUACAUCUUUCUUCACUAAUCGACAUGAAAACACUUCUUCUUACUGCCGCAUUACUGGUGGCGAGUGCUGGCCUGGUGCUCGGCGCUGACAGCUGUACUGUGAGCUGUGAAGGUAAAAACCCCGGGGACCAAGUGGCAGACCCUUACAACUGCACUCAGUUUUACGUGUGCCUGAUCGACGGCCCCUCAGACAUCCCCCUGCCCUGCGAAAUAGGGGAACACUUCGAGGAUGGCAAAUGCUUUGCAGGGGAGGAAUGCACCCCCCAGUGCAUCCCGAAAGACUGCAAUAUAAUCUGUAAGAAUCCCAUGGACUUCAUAGCUGACCCUCUGGACUGCUCCCAGUACUACAUAUGCGAUGCUUCCAAUGUACCUUUAGGGCCCUUACCAUGCGACUCCAGCAAACCGUAUUUCAACGGAAAGUCGUGCACCAACGACGAGAGCCAGUGCUGCAGACAACAGUGCAUGGCCUACUGCCACAGUGCAGGCAUCCAGAUCAUUGACCCCACUGACUGCCACCGUUACUACAUCUGCGUGAAGGAGGGCCCGGCGAAUCCAGACUACCGCCAGUCCUGUGGCAGUGGGCAGGCCUUUGACAUCGCCUCAGGACACUGCAAGCAGGGCGCGCAGUGUGUUGUCUUGUGUCCCGAUGGAGCUGGCGGCGGCGGCGACACCAGCACACCUUCAUCUUCAGAGUGCGUCUCAUCCAUGGUUUGUUCCAGCAGGGGAAAUUUCCCCAAGUGUCCUUUCUGCUACCGAGAAUACUUCUACUGUGCGGGCAGCGGCCAGACCGGCGCGCCCCAGACCUGCCCUGAUAACAAGGUUUUUGAACCCUCCUACCAUUACUGCCUCGAGCCUAACAACUGUCCCCUGUACUAACAAUCCCUUGCCCAAAGUGACCCUUGCCCUAACUGACCCUUGCCCUAAGUGACCCUUGCCUCAACUGACCCUUGCCCUAAGUGACCCUUGCCUCAACUGACUCUUGCCCUAAGUGACCCUUACCUCAACUGACCCCUAACAGAACUGUACCUUGCCCUCAUUGUCCCUUGUCCAAACUGCUUCUUGCUUGUAACUUUCCCUUGCACUAACUCACCUUUGUCCUGUCCCCUGCCCUAACUAACCCCUGCCCUGAAUGUCCCUUGCCCUAACUGACCCUUGCCCUGAAUGUCCCUUGCCCUAACUGACCCUUGCCCUGAAUGUCCCUUGCCCUAACUGAGCCUUGCCCUAACUGUCUCUUGCCUUAAUUGACCAUUGCCAAACUCCCAGGUGAUCUAA